AAAGUGUCCAGAUUCGCAUCUCUAAUGUAAAACGAGAUGAAGUGCAUGGAAGUCCGAUAGGUGUACGAAUAUCUCGCUCGAACUGCUCUGCGAACAACUGGAUUAAAUUCAAGAUCUUAUGCUGAUCGCGAUAACUUCAUAAGAGUGUAUAUUUGAUGUUGUUCUUACACAAAGGGAUCUGUUCGGUAAGAGAUGGCUGUUAACACGGACGCCCCUCACGCGACAGGUGCCCUGGGCGAGAGAGCCGCGCUGCACUCCACCGAUUUUGGAGAUACUCAGAAACUUCUUGACACCUCAGACAAAGAGCUGAAGAAAGAAUUAAACCACUCGCCCUCUGAUACACACCUCGUGAAGUGUUUUGAAGCGGAACAGACUGUGGUUAACGUUGCCCCGGAGCCCAGCUCUCCGUCGCGGGUCAUUUUCAGCCGCGCGUCGUCGCCCACGCUCGCGGAGCGCGAGCCCUGCAGCUUCAUGUGGGUGGCCGUGAUCUCCUGCUUCUGCCCGGCCGUUCCCAUAAACCUGUUCGCGAUUUAUUUCGCACACAUGUCUCGGUCCAUGAUAGAAGCAAAAGAUUAUGAUGGGGCCAGAAGACUUGGGCGUCUAUCUUUGUUGCUUAGUAUCGUUUCCAUUGUUGUGGGUCUGGCUAUAGUCCUAUAUCUGUUGUUGACAGAGUAUUAGUUGGACAUAAAUGUGAGCAUUAAUGUAAGCGGGUAUUGGACCCAAAGAAGAUGGAUGAUGAAUGCCAUGGGAAAACCUUCAAAGAAAAAAGUUUAAAUAUCAAUUUAUAUUAUGUAAAGUGGUAAGCUACAGUGUUAAAAACUUUAUUUAUUAAUUUUUUUUUGCCAAGGACUCAUGUUCACUGAAAAAAUGUUUCUAACCUUGUCUUGAUGGCUCUCAACCAUUUCUGUUGCUGUCUUGGAGACUUUGCUUUAUCCAGCAAUGCAUUAGCACCUGACUAAUUUUUCACUUAAUCUUAAAUGGCUUUGUCUUUUUAAAAUUAUGAUCUACAUGUUGUAUUCAAUAUGUUUGAAUUCUUUGAAAGAAAAAAAUAUUCCUAUGCAAAGUGAAAUUUAUCAAUUUGUAUUUCUUUUUUUUUAUCUAUAGUGCAAGUGCAUUAUAUUAUGUGAAUGUAUUGCAUGUUGCAAUAACAAGAAUGUGACUUGUUCUGAGAAUGAGAAUCUGUUGUUAUUAUUUUUCUUUUCUUUUACGAUGCACUGUUUGCUGGUACAGCGGAGCUGGUGCAUACAAAAUUAUAUAGAUGUAAUAUACAUUUUGUGUAAUCUGUUACAGCUCAAAAGCCUAAUUUACCCCAAAUAAAAAUUCUGUCAUUAUAUAUUAGAACACAAAAAAAACAUAUUUUGAAAAAUAUCUCUUUUUGUGGAUAACAUGAAAGUCAAUGGGUUCAAAUAUCUUCUUCUGUGUCCAGCAGAAGAAAAAAAAUCACAGGUUUGGAAUGACGAGGGUGAAUAAAUGAUGAGAGAAUUUACAUUUGUUUGGGUAAAACUUAUUUUUUACUUUUUAGACAUUUUUUUAUUCCUUCUCAUUUUGAUUCAUAGCCUUCUGGAAGUGUGGAGUAGGAUCAUAAGGAUACAAGGUGGAGGAAUGCAGUGUGAGCUGGGCGUAGUAAA